AUGGCCGCCACCACCGCCAACACAGCCGCCAUCACCAACACCGCCACCACCGCCACGACCUCUGCCGUCACAGCCCACCAGACUCUUGCUGCAGCUGCACCGCCCACGACUCCUCCACCUGAUGAAGGCACUGUCUCUCGGAUGCGGAGCCUCUCUGGAGAGCAGAGAGUAUGGAGGCUGAUCCAGGCGGCUCGGCAGGGGGCAGUAUGGGAGCUAAGGGCACUGCUCGCAGUGGGGGCGGACGUGGGGGCGAUGGGCGGAGGUGGGUGGACCGCCCUGCACUGGACAGCAUGGGAGGGACAUGUGGAGACGGCGAGGUGCCUACUGGAGGCCGGGGCGCCAGUGGACGCCUGGGACGGCGGUCUGAAGAGGACGCCUCUGUUCUGUGCUGCACAGAGGGGCCAUGCAGCUGUGACGCAGCUGCUGCUAUCGGCCUCCGCCGACCCAAACUUCAAGGAUGUGGAUUGGUGGACGCCGUUGCACUUUGCAGCUCAAGGUGGCAGCCCAGAAGUGGCAGCUGCACUGCUCGAGGCGGGGGCCGACCAGGAAACCAGAAAUGAUGAUGGGGACACAGCCCUGGACAUCGCCAGGCAGUGUAACAGGCGGCGGCUGAUCGAGAUGCUGUCAUCAGGCAGCCAGUCCAAAAAACUCCCUCUGCAAUAA